AUGAAGUCUUUUGAUGAAUUUGUAAAUGAAAGAAUGAAUUUCAAUACUUUCUUGAUGCUUGAUUUAAUUAUGACCUGUUUUUUAAUAUUUUAUUCAAAAGAUUUUCUCCGAAAGCCACCUUUGAAGUUCAAAGUCAGAAAAUCUCAACACGAUCUGUGGGAUGCCAAAUUGGCUAAAGCAUAA